AUGGCUUUUGAAGAUUCCUGUGGACACGAAAAGAUUGGCAGGAUCAUCGCAAAUAUGGAGGCACUCCUCCCUUCAGCAUCGAUAGAGCGCAGGGACUACCUACGAUGCCGCACUACAUACGGGCUCCUCUCCAUAACAUACAAGCGCAUCAACGACUCGAACAAUCCCGAGAAAGAAUACCAAGAAUUGCAAGGCGUCGCAAAAGACCUACGUCACCGCCUAACCAACCUCGACCUCUCUAGAAGUCUUUCGCGCAAAUUCCAAGCCCUCCUCGACGGGCUCGAAGCGGGAAUCGACGCCGCACUCAAACCAGGCGUGACGAUUGACUUUGUGAUUCGUGGGCUGCGAAAUACGUUGGAGGAGACGCAUGAUACGCCUAUGGUGAAACGUGAGCCCGUCAAGAUGGUGCAUGAGGCGCGGCUGGAGAAGAUAAAAGAGGAACUGGCGGCUGAGUGCGAAAAGAAUCGCAAGCUUAAUGAGGAACACAAUUGGUUGGUCUUGGAGUUCAGGAAGGAUCAGGUCCGCGAGCGGUCCGGGACUGGUGGGCCGCCGUUAAGGAAGUUGAGUGGGAGAUUAGAGCAGUAG